GCGCACUGGGUCGCCCCGAGGCUCCGCCCUCUGAGCCGGGGUAACGGCGCGAGGGGCCGCAGUGCGGUGCGCGGCGAGACGGCGAACGAGUGUUGGGAUGGCCACCAGCUGGAGGAUUCUCUUGCAGGAUGAGCAGCAGUUGAAGGAGCUGGCACGGCAGGCUGUGGACCGGGCCCUGGCUGAGGGAGUGUUGCUGAGGACCUCACAGGAGCCCAGCUCCUCAGAUGUGGUGAGCUAUGCCCCAUUCACACUCUUCCCCUCACUGGUCCCCAGUGCUCUGCUGGAACAAGCCUAUGCUGUACAGAUGGACUUCAACCUGCUAGUAGAUGCUGUCAGCCAGAACGCUGCCUUCCUAGAGCAAACUCUCUUCAGCACCAUCAAAAGGGACGACUUUACCGCUCGUCUCUUUGACAUCCACAAGCAAGUCCUGAAAGAGGGCAUUGCCCAGACCGUGUUCCUGGGCCUGAAUCGCUCAGACUACAUGUUCCAGAGCAGCGCAGAUGGCUCCCCAGUCCUGAAACAGAUUGAAAUCAACACCAUCUCUGCCAGCUUUGGGGGCUUGGCAUCCCGGACCCCAGUUGUGCACCGACAUGUUUUCAACAUCCUGAAUAAGACCAAAGAAGCUGCCAAGAUCCUCUCCAAUAAUCCAAGCAAGGGACUGGCCCUGGGAAUUGCCAAAGCCUGGGAGCUCUAUGGCUCAACCAAUGCUCUGGUACUGCUGAUUGCUCAAGAGAAGGAAAGGAACAUAUUUGACCAACGUGCCAUAGAGAAUGAGCUACUGGCUAGGAACAUCCAUGUAAUCCGGCAAAAAUUUGAAGAUAUCUCUGAAAAGGGGUCUCUGGACCAAAACCGAAGGCUAUUUGUGGAUGGCCGGGAAGUUGCUGUGGUUUACUUCCGGGAUGGCUACAUGCCGAGCCAGUAUAGUGUACAGAACUGGGAAGCACGCCUGCUGCUAGAGAGAUCCUGUGCUGUCAAGUGCCCAGACAUUGCCACCCAGUUGGCUGGAACUAAGAAGGUGCAGCAGGAGCUGAGCAGGGUGGGCAUGCUGGAGAUGUUGCUUCCUGGUCAGCCUGAGGCUGUGGCCCGCCUCCGUGCCACAUUUGCGGGCCUCUACUCACUAGACAUGGGUGAAGAAGGGGACCAGGCCAUCACCAAGGCCCUUGCCGCCCCUAGCCGGUUUGUGCUAAAGCCCCAGAGAGAGGGUGGAGGUAACAACCUGUAUGGGGAGGAAAUGGUACAGGCCCUGGAGCGGCUGAAGGACAGUGAGGAGAGGGCCUCCUACAUCCUCAUGGAGAAGAUUGAACCUGAGCCUUUUGGGAAUUGCCUCCUACGGCCUGGCAGCCCUGUCCGAGUGGUCCAGUGCAUCUCUGAGCUGGGCAUCUUUGGAGUCUAUGUCAGACAGGAAAGGACACUUGUGAUGAACAAACAUGUGGGGCAUCUACUUCGAACCAAAGCCAUUGAGGAUGCAGAUGGUGGUGUGGCAGCAGGAGUAGCCGUCCUGGACAACCCGUACCCUGUGUGAGGGCACAGCCAGGCCAGCCCGGACUUCACUCAAGAGACCUUCUAUACCCUGUACUUGUCAUUCCUCUGCUAGCCCUCCUGAGGGGCUGCUCUCCUAAAGACUUCCAAGUACUUCAUGAAAGGGUAAAUGCUGAUACCUUCCCCUAGCUCUCCAUCUGAGGACCAGAAAAGCCGUGUUUCCCUUAAAUGAGAUCUCAAAGCCCCCAAAUUUCUGGGGUAUGGGUACAGCUGAGGAGAUGCUGCUCUAAGAUAAAGGUCCAUAAACCCUGCCCUCCUCCUAUCAACCCUCAUCAGCCUUUUCAGCAGCUCCCAGUGCCUGACUUGGGACAGGACUAAGCUGUAGGAGGAGGGGAGUGUAGGGCUAUAGUCUUUCCCCAACUCUGCCUUAAAUAAAACUGCAUUGCUGAGUC